CAGGUUUUGUAUUCACAGGUUUGGUUCACUCGCUCCGCUUCCCUCCGCUUGACGCGAACCGCGCGGGAGCACACCGCCCAUGGCGACGACGCCGGCGCCGGCAUCCGCGCUGCCCAAGUCGGGGGCGGUCUCCAAGGGCUACAACUUCGCCUCCACUUGGGAGCAGAAUGCGCCGCUCACGGAGCAGCAGAAGGCCGCGAUCGCCGCGCUCUCCCACGCCGUCGCCGAGCGGCCGUUCCCGGCGAACCUGGAAAAGAGUUCAGGGAAGGAUGGAGGUGCGGCUGUUCCAGAGAAAGAGUCUGCUUUAGAAGAGGCUGGUGCCAUGGAUGCGGUCUUGGUGAAUACACAUCAGUUUUACAAGUGGUUUGCAGAACUGGAGUCUGCUAUGAAAUCUGAGACAGAGGAAAAGUAUCGUCUCUAUGAGAAUACAUUAGAGGAGCGUGUCAACACAUGUGACGGUAUCCUUAAGCAAGUUGAUGAUACAUUGAACUUAUUUGAAGAACUGCAGUCUUUGCACUCGAGUGUUGCCACGAAGACAAAAACUUUGCAUGAUGCUUGUGACCAACUGUUGGUUGAGAAACAAAGGCUGAUUGAGUUUGCAGAGGCACUUCGAAGUAGGCUCAACUACUUUGAUGAAUUGGAAAAUGUCUCAAGCAGCUUUUAUUCUCAAAAUAUGAGCAUUGGAAAUGAACAGUUUCUCCCUCUGUUGAAGCGACUUGAUGAUUGUAUCUCAUAUGUUGAAAACAACCCACAAUAUGCUGAAUCUGCUGUUUACUUGGUCAAGUUUCGCCAACUUCAAUCUCGUGCAUUGGGUAUGAUUCGCUCACAUGUGCUGUCAAUACUUAAAGGUGCUUCAUCCCAGGUUCAAGCUGCAAUUCGAGGCAGCGAUUCUGGCAAAAACAUUGUCACAGAGGGUAUUGAGGCAUCUCUUAUCUAUGUUCGCUUCAAGGCGGCUGCUAGUGAGCUAAAACCAAUAUUAGGUGAAAUUGAAAGUAGAUCUUCUAGAAAGGAGUACGCGCAGAUUCUUUCUGAGUGUCACAAUUUGUUUUGCGAGCAGCGGCUGUACUUGGUACGAGGCAUGGUGCAGCAACGAAUCUCGGAGUUUGCAAGAAAAGAGGCCUUACCAUCUUUAACAAGGUCUGGUUGUGCCUAUCUGAUGGAGGCAUGCCAGUUUGAGCAUCAGCUUUUUGCUCACUUCUUCCCAUCAUCUGCUGCAGAUGUUUCAAGUAUGGCUCCUUUAAUGGAGCCCCUGUGCACAUAUUUGUAUGAUACUCUGAGGCCUAGACUGAUAUAUGAAGGAAAUAUUGAUUCUCUCUGCGAACUUGUUGAUAUUCUGAAAGUUGAAGUGCUGGGAGAACAACUAAGUAGACGUGGUGAAUCAGUUGCCAGUCUCCGUCCAAUAUUGCAGAGGAUACUUGCUGAUGUUCAUGAGCGGCUAGCAUUUUGUGCUCGGACUCAUAUCCGUGAGGAGAUUGCAAAUUUCCGCCCUACUGAUGAAGAUCUGGAUUAUCCUGGAAAGCUCGAGCGAUCUGUGGAUACGUCUUCAAGUGCUACUGUUGGUGACAACUCAGAUGUGUACCUGACAUGGUACAGGCCAUUGGAGAAAACAGUUUCAUGCCUAUCAAAGCUAUAUCGCUGCUUAGAGCCUUCUGUCUUCACUGGAUUAGCCCAGGACGCUGUAGAGGUUUGCUCAACAUCUCUUCAGAGUGCAAGCAAGGUCAUCUCAAAGAAAGCAACCCCAAUGGAUGGCCAGCUUUUUCUGAUUAAGCACCUCCUCAUUCUAAGGGAACAGAUUGCUCCAUUUGAUAUUGAGUUCUCUGUCACGCACAAGGAGCUGGAUUUUUCCCAUUUGUUGGAUCACCUAAGAAGGAUUCUCAGGGGUCAGGUCUCAUUGUUUGAUUGGUCAAGGUCAACAUCACUAGCUAGGACCUUUUCUCCUCGUGUUUUGGAGAAUCAAAUUGAUGCCAGAAAAGAGUUGGAGAAAAGCCUUAAAGCUACCUGUGAAGAGUUUAUAAUGUCCAUCACUAAAUUAGUAGUGGACCCAAUGCUCUCUUUUGUUACUAAGGUAACUGCCGUCAAAGUUGCAUUGUCCUCUGGUAGCCAGGGUCAGAAGUUGGAUUCUGUUCUAGCAAAACCCCUGAAGACUCAAGCUUUUGCUUCUCCUGAUAAAGUUGCAGAGUUAGUUCAAAAGGUUGCCACCGCUAUUCAAGAAGAUCUGCCCAAAGUAAUGACCAAGAUGAGGUUGUAUUUGCAAAAUCCAUCUACUAGGAUGAUCUUAUUCAAACCUAUCAAGACAAAUAUAGUGGAGGCUCAUAUACAGCUGCAAUCCCUUCUGAAGUCGGAAUACUCGACUGAGGAAAUGCAAUCUAUCAGCAUGUUGCCGAUACCUGAUUUGCAGUCUCAGCUUGACAGCCUUUUGUAGCCUGUACACAGAGUCUCAUUAAGCCUGCCUACAAGACCCUUUGGAGAUUGCAGUGCAGUUCUUUCAAGUAUAACCAAAGUAACAGUUGUUGUCACACUUACGAACCUCUACCGGGUUGCUGUUGUAAA